GGUGCCCCACCAAAACUAUAAAGCCCAGGAUUCCAUGGCAUUGAGCUGUGCCAGUUAAAAAGGUGUCAGACUGCAUUAAUUCUAAAGUGUAAAUGUAUUUCCAAGGGUGGAGGGAGAGAUGGAAGGGGGCAAGUCUGAAAUUUAUAUGUCACCAAUUGCCUACCCCUGAUGCUAGUCAAGGGUCUGAAAUUAAAGAUAAAAUUAACUAUCAUCAUCAUAAUUCUCUUGCUUCAGGAAUAAACAGCCAUGGCGACAGAUGUUCCAAUCCAAGCUCUCUGCACAGAAAUUACUUGCCCCAUUUGCCUGGACUACCUCAGUGUUCCCAUGACUACUGCCUGUGGGCAUAACUACUGCCAAGCCUGUCUCUUGAAAUACUGGACCGAGUCUAGAGGACCAUUUCCAUGCCCUCAGUGCAGACAAAUAAUCCUGCAGGACACGUUCAGGGUGAACCGACAUCUGGCUCGUAUGGUGGAGCACAUUAAGGACCUUCGGGAGAAGCAAAAGGCCAAAAGGAAGAAGGGAGAAUGCGAGAAGCACGAGGAGCCUUUCAAGCUUUUCUGCAAGGAUGACGAAGCCCCCAUCUGUGUGGUGUGCGACAGGUCCGUGGAGCACCGACAUCACAAUGUGGUCCCUGUACAUGAAGUUUCUGAAGGGUACAAGGAAAAGCUCAAAGAAUAUGUGAAUUCUUUGAAAAAUUAUCGAGAGGAGUUUUCCUCCCUGAAAGAAACAAAAGAGAGAAGAAUGCAGAGCUUUCUGCAUCAGUUACAAACAGAGAAGCAGAAGAUCACCUCUGCCUUUGAGAGAAAGCAGAAGUUACUUGAAGAAAGGAAGUGUUUUUGGCUGGGUAAACUACAAGAUCUGGAGAAAGCAAUGAAGGAGGAGGAGAAAGGAGGCCUCGACAAACUUUGUGCAGAGAUUUCUGAACUGAGUCAACUGAUCAGAGAGAUGGAGGAAAAGUGCCUGCAGCCACCGAAUGAGCUCCUUCAGGACAUCAAAAACACCUUAUGCAGCUAUGAGAAAGAUUCAGGAAACCAAUAUGUGGACCUUUCACCCAAGUGGGAAGAAAAACUCCGAAUGUACUCCCAGAAGAACUCUGAUCUAAGAAAAGCUGUGGAGAGCCGCAAAGAGUCCCUGGAGCAUGCACUGGACAAAGUCAAUCUGGAUCAAGCUUUGGACAUAGAUACACUGAAGAAAACAAUGAACAAAGUGAGUGUGACACUGGACCCCAGCACAGCACAUCCUGAAAUGUUGGUGUCAAAGGAUCUGAAGGCUGUGAGAUACAUUCCAAAAUCCCAGGAACUAGCCUCAAACCUGCAAGGAUUUAACUGGGAGCAAUGUGUGCUGGGCUGUGAAAGAUUCCUUUCCGGAAGACAUUGGUGGGAGGUUGAGAUGAAUAUGGAGGAGAAGAAGGCACCCGAGGGACAUCUGCUUGAGAAUCCAGCAUGGGUCAUUGGAGUUGCAAUAGACUUUGUCAAGAGGAAAGGGCCUGUUGACUUUAACCCUAGUGACGGGAUCUGGGCUGUAGGGGAAUCUGUUGGUGAUUUAUCCUCACCUGGUCAAGUCACUGCUUUUACUUCUCCAAAGCCCACCCCUCUGAUCUUGAGACAAAAGCCCAAGAAGAUCUGGGUGGCCCUGGAUUGUGAAGAAGGCUGGGUGGACUUCUUUGAUGCAGAUACCAAUGAAUUUAUCUAUACUUUCUACUUGGGAACAUUAACUGGGGAGACAAUCCGACCUUUUUUCUGCACAAACGUUGCACUGUCCAUCUGAUGUGUUAACUACUGAGAAGGCCUUCCAACUCUGUCCCAAUGCCUUGAAAGGAGGUGACUUUCUACAGUAGUGUUUCUCAAACUCUUCUCCUCCAGGUUUUUGGACUUCAGUUCCCAGAAAUUCCAGCCAGUUUACCAACUGUUAGGAAUUGUUGGAAGUGAAGUCCAAAACAUCUGUAGGAGCAGAGUGAGAAACACUACAGUGGCAUCCAAUAUUGGACCUCCAAAUGUUUUGGACUCCAUUCCCAG